UCGUCCAAAAUGGCCGCCUCCGUGUUGAAACGUUGUGUGACUGCAGCUGUCAAAGUUAAAGGUUUUUCUCCGUCUCUUUUAGGUAGAAGAUGGUUGCUGUCAGCAUCUUAUACAGACACCAAACUGUGGGAGGCGAGAGAGAAAGACCCACAAAACUUAGCUGUGUUGGCGAACAUUAUGGACAGAACGUAUGACAGAAACCUUCCCGUUAGCUCUCUGACCGUGUCACGGUUUGUCGACAACAUUUCGUCCAGGGAGGAAAUUGACCAAGCAGAAUACUAUCUUUACAAGUUUCGUCAUAGUCCAAACUGUUGGUACCUACGAGACUGGACCGUUCACAGUUGGAUCAGACAGUGUUUGAAAUAUGAUGGCAGGGAGAAGGCACUGCAUACAGUCAAAAAUAAGGUCCAGUAUGGAAUAUUCCCAGAUGACUUCACCUUCAACUUGCUCAUAGACUCUUACAUUAAAGAUGGAGACUUUAAAAGUGCAUGUUCUGUGGUUGAAGAGGUGAUGCUUCAGGAGGCCUUUGACCUUCCCUCCACACAGAUCCUGUCUUUGUACGCUCUGGGCAGUUACUUAGCAACCAGACCACAACUCACAGUGUCAGAGGAGCGGGCACUGGGAGCAUCACUGCUUAUCUGUGGUCUGAUGAAAGAUGACACUGUGGGCCUCAAUGCUCAGUUACUUGGAAACGCCCUCUUAGGUAAAGUGGAGAUGCUAAAUGGAAUCCAUGCCGUGUUUAAAGGGAUGCCUCUCCUCUGGACUCAUGGGUAUUUGGGCCGAGCACUGGCUGUUAUGGAGCAAGUGGCUGCUGAGCCUGGUGAUGUGAAGCUAUCCAAAGACAUACUCGACUAUGUGAGCAACAUCUUGCAGGAGCUAUCGUCUACUGCAGACACAGACAGCUCUGGAGACGAGUCAGGGGGAGAGGAGGAGGCGGACAAAAAGCAGGAGACGGUAGACGAGGAAGACGAGGCGGAACGAGCAAAGUUACCUCAAUAUGUGUCCAGAUUCAAGGAGCUGAGCAGCCAGCUGGAGUCUCUGGGUAAAGUCGACACCGCCUCCUUUCAGACUUUAGUGACCAGUCUGGCCCAGCAGAACCUGGAGGCGUCUGAGAAACUCGACAUCGAGCAGUAUGAGAGCCGGGUACAGGCCUGGGAGUCGGAGAAGAGGCAGCUGAUCCUGAGGGAGAAGGAGAUGAAGGAGAAGGCUGAAGAGGAGAAACGAGAGCGACUGGCCGCUAAGGCUGCAGCUAAACGGUAGAAACACUGAAAGCUGUCCUCUGAGUAUGGAUCAUCCACCUGUCUGUACUGAGAACGUAUAUGCAAAUAUUCACCAACAUCCAGCUCCUGCUCACUGUUUCUUUUGUACAUAUGACAUGUUAUCAGCCUUUUGUUCUUUUUUAAUAAAUUAAAUAUUCUGUCUGAAUAAAACUGAUAUUGACUCA